UCUUCCAUGAUUUAGGGUUCUUCGAGGAGAUGGGCUGCUUGGCGAUCGAUCUUGCGGAGAUCGUCCGUGCCAACUCGCGUUAUUUUGACGAAUUGGUGGACUUGAUUCCUCCGAAGUUUUAUCUUCCCGCUGAUGACAAUGUGGAGAAACAAUGGGUGUUUGGGAUGACCAAGAGAGAAAAACGAGAGGCGAGGAGAUUAACGAAGGAGCACUCGAAGAAAGCGCGGAGAGAUCGUCUCGAUCCAGAGAAGUUCGUCACAACUUUGCAAGUUUUGCAGCAACGAAAUGAAGUAGCGGAGGCACACGCAGAGAAAGAGGAAGAAGACGAGGAAGCGAAAGCAGAAGAAAAUGGCGAAGGAGACGCAGAACAAGCUCCCGUUGCUGGGACGGAACGCGUCAAGUCGAGCCAGGAACUGCGAGAACGGCUCCACAAGCGAAUCGAGGCGAUACGAGCUGAGAGGCGAAUAAACAAAGCUCGGGACUGGCAGGAAAGGACCAAGGACGCCUCGAAGAAACGCAAGAAGUCGGAGAACAAGACCACUCUGGCCAACAAGCGGCAAAAGCAAGGCCACAAGGAAACUGGGAUUGUUCCAGUUUCGAGCGAAAAGGUCCCAGUUGCGAGUGAUAUGGAGUUUGGCCGGGUGAAAAUAGACUCCCAGAAGCGAACUCUAAACCGGAAGAGCAAGGAAAAGCUGCUCGAACAGGCUACGAAGCUUCAAAAGGAUAUCCAAGACACCGAGAAGGGCAAAGACGUUGCAUCAAAGCACUCGUGGGACGCAGCACUCAGCCGAGCUUCCGGACAGAAAGUCUUCGACAAUCCCAAGCUGCUCAGGCAAAGCUUGAAACGAGAGCACCAACGUCGCGAAAAGAGUGCAAAGAAAUGGCAAGAUCGACACGAUAGCGAAGCACAGCGAGCUCAAGAGAAGCAACAGACCCGGGCCUCUCAUAUCAAGGAGCGCAUUGACGCUCGCAAGCAAAGGCUCAUAGCGAAGGUUUGCAAGCUUGUUACAUUGAUUGAUCUGACUCUCUUGUUUACACCACAGAGGGAGAAGAAGCUAAUGCGACCCGGCUUCGAGGGAAGAAAAGCUGGCUUUCUCAACGAAGCCAAGUAAAAUCGCCACGAACCUCUGAUAAAAUAACGACGAGGAAGAAGAGAAAGAAUCUGUCCUACUUAUUUAACUAUACAAGCUCUUGGUUUCGAGCUUAACCUGUCAAAAAGGAGCUCUGUAGUCCUGUUCCA